AUGGAAGUGACCGGCCUCGCCGUUGGUGUUGUCGGACUCGCUGGUCUCUUCAGCGUCUGCUUGGACUCACUGUCUCGCUUUCAAACUUACCGCGAAUCAAAUUCCGAGACCCAUAUCUUAGAAACCCGAUUCCGAGCGGCUAGGGCCCGAUUUGAACAGUGGGGUGUCAGCGUUGGCAUCUCCAAUGGUCGCCUCCAGUCAGAUCACCAUCUUGGACUCGAUAACGAAGAGACGACACAUCUGAUUGAGAGCAUCUUGCAAAUCAUAGCCAAGACUAUCUGCGAUGAGUCGAUUCUCCAAAGAACUCGCACUGGACCUCGGUUCCAGAGCGGGCAGUUCGGAGGCCUGUCACAAUCAAGAGGCAAGCGAUUGAAAUGGGCCCUUGGUGGUAAGGAGAGCCGCCUUGAGCAAGUCGACAUGUUCGAGAAGCUGGUGCAGCAGCUUUACAACUUGAUUCAACCAGAGGACAAAAACCAAAGUUAUGAAGGACUGGAGAGCACAGCGUGGGUAGAGGAUAUUCGCCAAAUGCUGAGCAAGAUUGAGGAGGGCAUGAAGUUCGAAAUGCAGCGCGAUGUAUUGUCAUGGCUCGGAAAGUCCGCUCCCAACGACAAAUACGAAGAUUCCUUGGCCAAGCGAGUCAACACAACAUGCGAAUGGAUAUUAGAAAGACCUACAUUCCAAUCGUGGCUCUCACCAGUGAACUCAACUGAGCCACACGUGCUGUGGAUAAACGGGCCUGCAGGUUUCGGAAAGACCGUCUUGUGUGCCCAUAUCGUUCACUAUUUAUCUGAGGCUCUCGAUACGCCGGUGGCCCAUUUCUUUUUCACAUCUGAUCAUGAAAGCCGAGAGGAUCCAUUCUCUACUCUGAUAUCAUGGCUGCGCCAAGUUGCUGCCAAGAUGAAUGACGCAUUUGAAUGCAUUCGUCGCGCCUUUGAGCAUGAAUAUCCUUCUGAGCAGGCCUCCCGAAAGACUCUGCUUGAAUUGCUCAAGCAAGUGAUCACAGCAGUACCGGGUUGCGUAUUCAUUGCAGACGGAUUGGACGAGUGCUCUCAGUUGGGUAACGGAGACGCAUCAGUUGCCAGGUUCCUGCGAGACAUCAUGGUAGCCAUAGCAGGCGCCGACGCCAGACUUCUUCUCGUCAGUCGAGACGAGCCUGAUAUCAGAGAGGCUCUUACAGAGCAUCAAGAGAUUUUGUCGGAAUACAGGAUCGAUACGAAUGAUGUCCAAGCCGACAUAGCAGUAUUUUCCCGGUCUGUUGUUAAUAGAAAGCUUUGGGGGAAAAGUGACGAUCUCCGAGCAGCGAUCUCGAAGUCUAUGACAGAUCGGUGCCAAGGACAAUUUCUGUGGAUCAAGAUGCAAGAGGAGUCUCUGCGAAGCGGAAUGAGCAAGAAACGACUACAUGAAGUGGUGGAGAACAUGCCAUCCGGCCUUGAUCAUAUCUACGAUCAAAACUGGAAUAGAAUCAUGAAUAUGUCUGAUUGGGACCGAGAUCGAGCCUUUGCUCUUCUGCGUUGGACCGCUUUCACAUUCAUACCUCUGACAGUCUACGCGGCGGCUGAAGCUGUUCUGAUUACACAGUUCGGAGACCUGGAUCCUGACGAAUACCCGGAGAAUUUCGAUAACGUUUAUGUUAAGACCGAGAUAGUUGGACUCUGUGGUCCGCUUCUAGAAAUUCGAGAUGAUCCGGACGACUUAUCAUCACAACGUCGAACACUUCAUAUACCGCAUUUCUCAGUGCACCAAUAUAUUGUUGACCAUCUGCCAGUGCCCGCUUGGAUGCAAGCUAAUCGCGCACUUGAUAGUGAGAACGAAAGGGCACAGCACACAGCCAUAGCGCAUGUCUGUGUUCAAUAUCUCACCUUGUCACAAGUCUGGGAAAAAGGUUGCUAUCGUUAUCUAUGUUCUGGGUCCUUACUUUUUUAUGCGUCUUACUUUUGGUUGAGGCACGCGAGGAUAGCCUUUAUGGAUAACUCACUUGUCGUUCUCUCCAAAGCCUUCUUAUCAAACGAGAGUGUUCAAUUUAAGUCCUUUGUCAAUUACCUUGUGGAACACCAGGAGAUCGUUACGCUAAAGGUCGAGACUAUUGAGCCGUGCUUACGCCCUUUAGAACAUAUCUUUUAUGAAGGAUGGGUGAAGAUGGCAGAUCAUCUUAUCGGCGAUAGAGAUGUUAAUGAAAUUGGUGCUCUCGGACGAUCACCUAUCUUUUCGGCGUGCUAUUCAGGCUCGGUGGAAUCAGUAAGAAUGCUUAUCGAACGGGGGGCUGACUUGAGCAUUACUGAUUCCCGAGGAUGCACAUGCCUUCAUGCAGCAGUAAGAUGCGGGUUUGAAGAUAUCGUUGGCAUAUUGUUGGAGUCAAACAUAAAGUUAUCACCACAGGAUCAUCAAGGCUGUACACCAUUGCAUUAUGCCGCAGGGUUCGGACACAUCAAUUGUUACCAGAUCUUGCUUGAGCAAGGAGCUGAUAUCAAUAUUCGAGAUACAUGGGGUGGUAAUGCUUUACACCACGCAUGUCUUUAUGCUGGCCAUGCUGAGAUACUUAGAUUCAUCCUUCAGAAUGCGCCUAACAAUUUCUCAACAGAUCAUUAUGGCAGGCUAGGUUCACCGCUCACUCUCGUGAGUGAUUGUGGCGAUGCCGCCAUGGCCAAGGUUCUUUUUGAGCAUGGGGCUGUUUCUUCGUUGUUUGAUCCAAGCCACAAUGGGGACCUGCCACUUCGCCUCGCAGCAUCUUCGGGUCAUAUCGAACUUGUAAAGCUCUUUCUGGACCACGGUGCAGAAAGGACACUGGCUUGUCCGGAUAGAACUGGAAACACGACACUUCAUCUUGUCUGCCGUGUGACAGGGCUAGAGGGAAUCAUUAGGCUUCUUCUUCUUCAACCAGGAAUUGGAAAUUUGAUGCUGCUAGAGAACGAAGAUGGGAACACGCCAGUUCAUGUUGCAUCAGAAGCAGGAUACGCACUUUACGUCAAGUUGUUACUUCAGUACUCAGAAUCAGAGAGCCACCAACACCUUUUGUGGAAAAGGAACAAGAAACUCGAAACGCCUUUAUACGUUGCAUCUUCUUCGGGUCAUGCCAAUGUUGUCCAUGAAUUGCUCAACUUUGGAGCUCAGGCAACGUUUUCAGUGUUGGAUGAGAUGGGCCAGACGCCUUUGUUCAUUGCAUCAUUUAAUGGCCAUGCUGAGGUCGUAAAGGUACUACUAGAAAAUGGAGCUGACCCCAGCAUCUACGCUCUAGACUCAUACAACACUAAUCCACUGUGGGCGGCAUCAUUUGGGGGCUCUUGCGAUACUAUCAAGGAAUUACUCGCACACGGAGCAGCAAAGACUAUUACAACUACGGGUCAAGGAGGAGAAACACCUUUACAUGCAGCCGCGACUGAGAACCACGUCGAAGCGUUGAAGCUGCUUCUAGAGGUACCUGGUGUCUCUAUUAAUCAGAAAACUAUAUAUGGAUUUACGCCGUUGUUCAUUGCGGCAAGAAAUGGGUACUGCGACAUUGUGAAACUACUCCUCGCCACGGAUUUGGUCGAUAUAAACAGCAAGAAUUGGUUGGGGUUGACUCCCUUGUUUGCAGCAGUAGCAAAUGGACAUUUUCACGUUACAAAAUUGCUUCUCUUGGAAGGAGUCUAUUUGCAUUCCGAGAUCAGCAUUGGCCGGGAUUUGCUCUGGUGGGCUCAACGUUCAGGCAAAGUGGACUUGCUACAACUAUUACAAACUCAAGAGAAUCCCAUCUGUCCCCACGUUGAGCCAUGCAAUCCCCUUCCUGAUCCAUUUCUCGUCUUGGAGCCUCUAUCUCACGAUGCUGGGACUAUACCGUGUGAGCCUGGUAUGUUCUGGUGUCAUGUCUGUACCUUGAGUGUACAGAAUGACCAAAAUUUCUUAUGCACUGAGUGCAAUGAUUGCUACUUGUUUCUUUGCUCUGAAUGUUUUACUCGCGGCUUCCGGUUAUGUCCAAGAUCGCAUACUUUGGUUCCUUACGAAUCCGAUUCCGAUGAAUCAGACAUGUCAGUCGGUGCAGACCUUUCUGUAGGCUCUAAAGAUUUACAGUUAUGA